AUGCUCGUCUCGCUCACUGUCGGCAAGGUCGACGCCGGCGUCACAGUGCUACUCACCCCUGACAAACGCUUGGCAUGUAUCGAAUUCCCCUCGAUCCUGCUCCCUCCCGACAUCACAUCCGGGUCUAUGGUCGACAUCAAUGUCACGCGCAACAAGAACUCCGAAACGGCAGCGGAGCGCUCGUUUAGGGAGCUCCAGGACUCGAUCCUCUCGUGCUUCGGCGCGGCCGAGCCGUUGGCGCCCGUGCUGCGGUGCCGCAACGCGACCCAGACGAGCGUCGUGCUCGAGUGGGACCCGAUCCAGCUGGCGACGGCCGACCUGAUCAGCCUGGCGCUGUACCGCAACGGGCAGAAGGCGGGCAACAUCCCCAAGCCGCUCGCCAUGCACACCACCAAGAUCAGCGGCCUGGCCGUCGACACCGAGUACACGUUCCAUCUGGUGCUGCGCACGACGGCGGGCACGACGGCGAGCCAGCGCGUGACGGUGCGCACCCACAAGAUGACGGACCUGAGCGGCAUCACCAUCACGACGGGCAUCCUCCCGGCCGCCGUGCGCGAGGGGCUGGCCGCGGCUGUCGAGCGCAUCGGCGCCAAGAUCGUCGACGGCGUGCGCAUCGACACAACCCACUUCGUCACCACCGAGGGCCGCGGCCUGCAGUGGGAGAAGGCCGGCGAGCUCAACAUCCCCAUCGUCCGGCCCGAGUGGGUCGACGCGUGCGAGCGCAACGGCCGCAUCCUCGGUGUCACGAAGUUCUACCUGGACGCGGUCCGCGCCGGCCCGCCGUUUGAAGACAGGCCUGGCACCGCGGGGACGGUCGGCACAACGGCAACGACGGCGACGACGACGACGACUGCGCCCGCAGCCACCGCGCCGUCGCCUCCCCAAAAGGACGAGGAAGCGCCGCGCAACGGGGCCGGUCCGAGCGGCAGCCAGGCACAGGAAGCCGGCUCGGAAAACGAAGCAAGGCAGAAGGAGGAGGGAGGCGCCGAGUCGGAUGCGUCGAGUGACGACGAGGAGGAGGACAAGGAGGAGCAAAAGGCAAGGACGGCGGGCCAGGACGAACAAAAAAUGCUAGCGGACGAGCGGGACGAGAAGCGGCUUGCGGAGAGGCCGAAACCGACGGUCGAGGACGAGGAGGGUAACGAUUCAGAAGAGACGAAGGCGGCUGGCCAAGAUGAGAAGGGUGGGAAAUCGCCUGCUGAUGGGGCUUCCUUCCAGGAUGUUGCGCUGUAG